AUGUUGAGCGGGGCCAGCAUCUUCGAAAGGGAGCGUUUGCUGAUGCACCCUGGCGUAUCCGAACGUCAAGGAUUUGCAUGGAACAAGCUACCGCUCAAGACCAACAAUUUUGAGGCCAGUUUCACGUUUCGUGCAUCUGGAGCUACGGAGCUGUCGAAGGUUGUGGAUGACCAAAGCUUCGCGUUUUGGUUUGUCCGUCAAAACAUAUCGGCCGAUUUCAAUGAAUCUGCUGCAAUCCGUGCCUCCUCUUGGUUGGAGGGCUUGAAGGAUCAAGGCUAUGUGUUGAGCGGCUCCAAGGCUCUGUUUGAAGGCAUCGGAGCAGUUUUUUCAACCGCGAAUCUCGCCAAGAAGCCAGGCUCUGUUGUAUCUUUCAUCAGCAAUGACAACCACCAAAGCCUGAGUUAUGGCAUUGACGUGCCUACCAGCAAUGCCAAGGCAAUCGAUUUUCGGAACAAAGAUGUUGAAUUCAAGAUUCGAGUGCAACCUUUCUCGGUGAAGGGAGAGAUCAUCGUUGAUGGUAACAUCCUGGAGUGCUUCGAUGUGGAUAGAAAAAACUUUCCUGUCAAGGCUGGUGGCUUCAUUGGAUUCACUGCUUGGAGUGGCUCUGCGCAGCAAUCGAAAAGCCCUGACAGCAUUUCCCUGACAAAGGUGCAGGUUGUCAACUUCGACGACCAGGCAGUUGGUGAAGACAUCGUGGGAACGACUGCUGGCGACAAAAAAGCGUAUGAAGCUCUCAUGUCAGAGGAUUCCAGAUACUUCCAGGACCAGCAAGCUCAAACAGAGCACCUGGGAAGGAUAACAACAAUGUUGUCGGCGCACCUCGAUGAGACGAAGCCAGCCUAUGACAUCAUGGCUUUUCAAGUGUCGAGCCUGAUGGACUCUCUCAACAAACUGGACCGUGAUUGCCGUCUCCUGACCAAAGAGAUGCACUACUUGGCCACGGACGCAAAAAGUGGCAAGACGCCCAAGAAGGGGACCAACUUGCAAGAGAUGAAGGUUCACAUUCUGGGUCUGCGCAGGCUGCUGGACAAGGAGGGGGCAGCUCAUAUGCACAAACUGGAGGCCGUUCAGAAGAAUCUAAAUGCAGUGAAGCAACAGGCAGACAAGGCCACUGGGUCAUCCAUCUUGAGCCGAAUAGUGGACCAGACAAGUGUGCUUGAGCAGAGUGUUGUGUCCAGAAGUUCGCAGAUGUCCUGGAUGCUGGUGGUUCUCCUCAUGGUUACUGUGACGAUCGGGGACAAGGUCAUCCUGUUGGAGCACGAGGGCACCGGGUCCCAGAAAGCCCAGGGACUGAGGGAGCUGGAUCAGCUGCGUGCUCGCUUGGCAUAUGAGGAGAAUUCUUUGCAUGCCCUGAAGCAGCAGGUGCCUGUGCCAGUGGCACAGUGGCGCUAUCAGCCACAAGAUGGCGCUCCAAUGCAGAUUCUUGCUACUCCCAGCUUGGAUGGACCAAAGUCUAAUCAAGCUUUACAUGCAGGUGAGAUUUUUCCAGUGAUUGAUACAAUUACUGAUCAAGCCGGCGUGACGUUUUUGAAGCUUCAAGAUGGCAGGGGCUGGGUAGUACAAUCUAAGCCUGGCGGAGCCAGCUGGUUCUCCUUCAUGGGAGGCGCAGAGAAGACGGAGCUUUGCGUCCCGUUUUCUGGAUCUCAACUGCCAGAUCAGCGAGCGGGGCAGUUCACGCGUCCCUCCAUACUGACCUCCAACCUGCCGCCACAGCUACCCGUGGUGCCACAGACGCAGCUCCGCAUGAGCAGCGCCCAGACUGGCAUUCCAGGCGGGCCCGGGGGCCCCGACAUGGUAGGCCUCUUGGGCAGAACUGGGCCCGCUGGCGAGCCAUCCUCCAAGGCUACUCCUGAUUCAGCACCUGUGAGGCGCUCGCCACCUGGAAGUGCGGAGAAACUGCCUCAGUUACACGUCCGGGUGCUGAGCGCGCGAGGUUUGCGAAACAUGGACAUCGGAAGUUUUUUUGGAAACAAAUCCGAUCCAUAUGUGGUGGUUCGUGUUGGCAAGGAGCAGCGCAAAACUCCGGUAGUUGACAACAACCUUGAUCCAGUGUGGACUGAGGGCCGGGAUUUUACAUUUGCAUUGAGUGGAGAUGCGAAUCUGAUCGAGCUGGAAGUGUUCAAUUCAAACUUGUUUGUCGAUGACACGCUUGGCAAGACAUCCAUCUCGCUCAAUGCCAUCAGAAAAGGGCAAUGGGUGCGGAAAGUGGACCAGCUGCGCGGCUCGUCUGCUGUUGCGCCAGCUGAAGGGGAGCUGGAAUAUGAAGUCCUCAUCGAAGCAAGCCAGGCAUGGACCUCAUGUUUUCAUGUUGUUGAGCGUUUCGAAUCGCAGAAUGUCUUUUCGCGUUCGAAUCUCGGACACGCGGUCGAGGCGGGAAACGUCGGAUCGGCCAGCAGAUAUCCGUUCAACAGGCACGGUUUGAUCUUUGCAGCGCUAACAGAGCUGUCUGGCGAGCACUUCUUCACCACUCCUGGUGUAGGUGCUGGUUGGAUCCCACUACUGGACACCAGUGAUGGAUUCCGUUGGGCAACUCCUCUGGUGAUGAAAAGCUUCUUCGUUGACAACACCUGGCUGCAGGCCUCCUAUGGCGGCCUUGGCUACCGAUUCAGCAAAGAUCUGAACGACAAGGAUGUCAUGCUAUGCAAAUGUGACGGCUGGCUGAGGGUGCCCCAGCAUUACCUGGCGGAAUCAGGUGUAGCUGUCCUGCCUCCAUGGGUUUUCCAGGUGGCCGAUGGCCGCUAUUUGCCAAUGCGAUUGAAUGGUGUCUCUGCUGCAGACUUCGCUCACCAUGCGUCAGAUGGCGCCCCACCCGCAAGCAUGGACGAAACGACGGCUGCUGAAGAAGAGCUCGACAGGUUUCUUGGCUUGGCCUGUGUACUUCCAUGUCAUCUUGUAUGA